AAACAAAGAGAGAGAGAGAGAGAUCGUACGCAAAAGUUUCCGAUAUGGCUCGCUCGUUCGGAGCAAACGGCACUGUUGUGCUGGCGAUCAUCUUCUUCGGAUGUUUAUUUGCGUUUUCAACUGCAAAAGAAGAGGCUACGAAGUUGGGAACAGUUAUAGGGAUAGAUCUUGGUACGACUUACUCUUGUGUUGGUGUUUACAAGAAUGGCCAUGUUGAAAUUAUAGCCAAUGACCAAGGAAACCGUAUUACACCUUCAUGGGUUGGUUUUACUGAUUCUGAGAGACUCAUUGGUGAGGCUGCUAAGAAUCAGGCUGCUGUUAAUCCAGAGAGGACUAUUUUCGACGUCAAGAGAUUGAUCGGCCGAAAAUUUGAGGACAAGGAGGUUCAAAAGGACAGGAAACUUGUACCUUACCAGAUUGUGAACAAGGAUGGUAAGCCAUACAUUCAAGUCAAGAUCAAGGAUGGUGAGACUAAGGUUUUCAGUCCUGAGGAGAUCAGUGCCAUGAUUCUGACUAAGAUGAAGGAGACAGCCGAAGCUUACCUUGGAAAGAAAAUCAAGGACGCUGUUGUCACUGUUCCAGCUUACUUCAACGAUGCACAAAGGCAAGCUACCAAGGAUGCCGGUGUUAUUGCUGGGCUCAAUGUUGCUAGAAUCAUCAAUGAACCUACUGCUGCUGCUAUUGCCUACGGUCUUGACAAGAAGGGUGGUGAGAAGAACAUCCUUGUCUUUGAUCUUGGUGGUGGUACUUUUGAUGUCAGUGUCUUGACCAUUGAUAACGGAGUGUUCGAGGUUCUCUCCACAAAUGGUGACACUCACUUGGGAGGUGAGGACUUUGACCACAGGAUCAUGGAGUACUUCAUCAAGUUGAUUAAGAAGAAGCACCAGAAGGACAUCAGCAAGGACAACAAGGCUCUUGGUAAGCUCCGAAGGGAAUGUGAGAGGGCAAAAAGAGCUCUAAGUAGUCAGCACCAAGUCCGUGUAGAGAUUGAGUCUCUCUUUGAUGGUGUUGAUUUAUCUGAGCCACUCACCAGAGCUCGUUUCGAGGAGCUGAACAAUGAUUUGUUCAGGAAGACCAUGGGACCUGUGAAGAAGGCCAUGGAUGAUGCUGGUCUACAGAAGAGCCAGAUCGAUGAGAUUGUCCUUGUUGGUGGAAGCACCAGGAUCCCAAAGGUUCAGCAACUGUUGAAAGACUUCUUUGAAGGUAAAGAGCCAAACAAGGGUGUGAACCCCGACGAGGCUGUUGCUUAUGGUGCUGCUGUUCAGGGUGGUAUUUUGAGCGGAGAAGGCGGUGAUGAGACCAAAGAUAUCCUUCUUCUUGAUGUUGCGCCACUCACUUUGGGUAUCGAGACUGUAGGAGGAGUGAUGACAAAGCUGAUCCCGAGAAACACGGUUAUUCCAACCAAGAAAUCUCAGGUUUUCACAACGUACCAAGACCAGCAGACCACCGUCUCCAUUCAAGUCUUUGAAGGUGAACGAAGUCUCACAAAGGACUGCAGGCUGCUCGGGAAAUUCGACCUCACCGGAGUUCCACCAGCCCCAAGAGGAACCCCUCAAAUCGAGGUCACAUUCGAAGUGGACGCCAACGGUAUCCUUAAUGUGAAAGCAGAGGACAAGGCGAGUGGAAAAUCAGAGAAGAUUACAAUCACAAACGAGAAGGGUCGUCUGAGCCAAGAAGAGAUUGACCGGAUGGUAAAGGAGGCAGAGGAGUUUGCAGAGGAAGACAAGAAGGUGAAGGAGAGGAUCGACGCCAGGAAUGCCUUGGAGACAUACGUGUACAACAUGAAGAACCAAGUGAGCGACAAGGACAAGCUUGCAGACAAAUUGGAAGGAGAUGAAAAGGAGAAGAUUGAAGCAGCAACCAAAGAGGCCUUGGAGUGGCUCGACGAGAACCAAAACUCAGAGAAAGAAGAGUACGACGAGAAGCUCAAGGAGGUAGAAGCAGUGUGUAACCCAAUCAUCACGGCAGUUUACCAGAGAUCUGGCGGAGCACCGGGUGCAGGAGGAGAAUCAGCGACUGAGGAAGAAGAUGAGUCUCACGAUGAGCUCUAGAUGUCUUUUUUUGUUAUUGUUGAUUUCUUAAACCAUUAGAGACAAGUUUUGAGGAUGAAAGAAAAAGAAACGAAGUCUUUUUUU